AUGGCGAGCGUACAGGAGGCGGAGCAGAUCGUGCGACGCCUGACUAGAAAGUAUGGGUUUCUCAACGAAGAAAUGAUGGACGAUAUUGAACAAUUUAAUGCCGCAUAUCGUCGGGAGAUUGACGAGAACUGGUUGGCGAUGGAAAGUGCUUUAUCCCACUCUGUCAAGAUAUUGGCAAAACAAAUUUACGGUAGCGGUGCUCGAUUUGUCUUUGAACUUCUCCAGAAUGCGGAGGAUAACAUGUUCAACAAGGCUCGCGCAUCAAACGCACUACCUUUCAUCUCUUUCAAGAUAUAUCCCGACAAAAUCGUUGUCGAAUGCAAUGAAGAUGGCUUCACUGAGCCGGACCUGGACGCUAUUUGCGCUGUCGGGAAAAGUAACAAGUUAGCUUCCCACGGAUAUAUCGGUGCCAAAGGUAUUGGCUUCAAAUCCGUCUUCAUCGUCGCGUCUAGGGUUCAUAUCCAGUCUGGUAAUUUCUCGUUUGAGUUCCGACACAACAAGACAGACCCAGGUAUAGGCAUGGUCAGACCUAUCUGGGUAAAACCAACUGAGACCAUCCCUAGCCCUCUGACCCGCAUGACGCUGUACAUCCAUGAUCAAGGAGACCCGGAUGAAAUUCGACAUCUGAAGAGGAUCAUCUCCAUGCAAUUCGAUGACCUACAGGAAACCUGCUUGCUCUUCCUGCACAAACUUGGACAGAUUGGUCUGGAGUUCUAUGACGAGAAUGGCGAACUCGAACGAUCGAGAUGCUUCCGCAAGUACAAUGUCGACAAGUAUCGCGUGUCUCUGGAAACUACCUCUGAUUCUCAUGGAAACCGGACUACUCGAAAUCAAAUCUAUCACAUCACAAGACAAACAGCGACCAACUUGGCCCCAAGCGACAACCGUGAGCUUUCGAAUACUGACGAAGGCAAGAGAGCCGAAGUCGUCUUGGCUUUCCCAAUCACUGAAGAUUCCAAGCCACUUGUUACUCAGAGAAAUCAAGACCUCUUUGCAUUUUUACCUCUCAGGAGGUCCGAGUACAAGUUUUUGAUUCACUCCGAUUUUGAUACGAAUGCAAAUCGGCAGGAUAUUGUCACAACAUCACGGCGAAAUCUUGACCUUCGUGGUUGUAUUGCAACCGCGUUCUACCAAGCUGUUCUGCAGUUCUGCGAGCAUCCUACACUCUGCUACACUUGGCCAAUAUUCCUCCCAUCUCCCAACACCAGUAACGAUGCGUUCUGGUCUGGCCUAGAUCACGCUAUAGAAGACUUGGUAAAGAAUAAGCCAGUUCUAAGAUCACGUACCCGAAUCGAUUUACGCCUCAUACGAGACGUUGUGAUACUUACCGGUAAUGCAAGGGAUGCAGAAGGACAUCCUUUAUUCGACGACCCAGUUAGGGAUCUAUACCUAUCGCCUAGCUAUUCCAGAAAUGCGAUAGAUAUUUUGAAAGGCUACGGCCUAAAGCUACUAUCCUUUACAACAGUGCUCGAUUUGCUAGAAACCGAUAUCCGAGGCCCUGACUCCAAGUUUCACGGAAGAGAUACAGACGAUGAAUGGCAUUCAGCUGUGGCACGUCUUCUUUAUUUAGCAUUUAACAAAACUACAUUUGGGCCACGAAGGCUAAGUUCUUUGCCUUUGCUGCCUCUAAGGUCUGGAACGUGGAUAUCGGCGGCAUCAGGACUGGUAUAUUUCCCAACGACGGGGAAUGGUAACAUCCCUCAGUCCUUGGACUUGAAUGUUAUUACCAUGUUUGCAUUCAGGAACUCGGAUCGUCAUAUUUUAUUCCAAGAGCUAGGAGUCCGCCAAGCCACGGCUGACGAAGUGAAAGCAUCGAUCUUUAGGUCCUACAACUUGGGGUCCUUAUCUUUCGACAACCUGAACGAGUAUUUGAGAUUUUUCUAUCUAACGCACCAGACCGGAAAGCACAGACGGGAAGAAUAUGCGAAAGUAGAAAUUGUUACUGAUGCUUGGGAACUACAAUUUCCGCAUCAACAGGAUGUAUAUCUUCCUGGAACACAUCAUCCGCAUAGUCCUACAAGCCUUUUGGCCGCCGGAGGCGCUUUGCCAGGUUUGUCUGUGAGUUUCAUACACUCGAAGCACCUGAGUGACGCUCCAGACACGCCAAACUCAUCAAACCCAAGCUGGGAGAAGUGGCUCUGUGAUUUCAUCGGGAUACGUGAGAGACUAAGGCUCGUGUCACGAGAUGGACGCAAUUUAUCUGACACGUUUCUCUACAUCCAUGAGCACCGCCCGGAGAAACUCUUGAGCCUAUUUGAGCAUCUCUGGCUAUAUGAGAAAUCAAACCUGAUGCGAAAUCAAACUCUUCGAUCAAAGAUUGAGGAUCUAGCUGCCCAGAGCCUCUGUGGAGUGGAUUUUUCACUCAAACUCAAGGAAACAUGGCUUCCCACCAAAGCUUUAAGAGAGCUAGUCGACCGCUACAUGGAUCAUCGUGAACAUUUUCCCUUUCUCGAUCUCGACGAAUCAGAAAUUCUUCGAUGCAUUGAGCGGUCAUGCUCGGACUCCCUUACCGAUAGUCAAAUACAUAAGGUGUUUGACUUGUAUGUGGCCAUCUAUGCCAAACUUGCGGUGACCAGCAUUGGGUCAGACGCAAGACGCAAGAUUACUGAUUUCUUUGAAGAUGGCGGCAUCGUUGUCCCCUACGAGAGAGACCCUACGUGGGCGAUGUCCUCGGCAUGUCUAUGGGUUGCACCACCAGAUAUGAUCGCGUCCUACUCUCUGAGGGACCUUUACGUGGAGAGAGCGAAUGCCGGGAGUUUCAGGAACAUCGAAGAUCUAUUCAAAGAAACACUGCAAAUCCGGGAUGCGUCGUUGAAUGACCUGGUAACUGAGCUGACCACACUAGAGGAAAACGAUUGUGAGGACAUAUCUCGCUUGCAGGCAAUCUACGAUUACUUAAAUCAGACAAACAUACCCUUGCCGGAUUUGAAUGAAACAACCAUCCGUGGGAAAGCCAUCUUGGAUGAAUGCUGGGAAGCUUAUGAGAGCUUUUUUGUUGGCAAACUAGGUGUGAGGUUUCUCACCCUACAGAUGGUCUAUGAUGAACUGCGGCAAUCAUCCGGGAACAAUAUAGAAGAGACCAAAGGGGCUAUUUUGUCACUCAAUGGUCUCCUACAAACAGAAACGACACGCUUAGAUCCGGAGCCAAUUCGACAAGCCAAAGUCUUUCCAGUGAGGUACCCAACCGGCACUAUCGUUUUGAGCUCUAUUACUCUCUUGGACUUUGACAUGGAAGAAAUUCGUCGCCUUGGACCGUUGAUCGAAUGGCUGAAACUCCAAGAUCGAUACUUGUCAAACUCUGUCGAAGAGGAUAGUUUCAUCGUCGGCGAUUUAAAAAACCCAAUCUCAACACCGAAUCGCGACCUCAAGCGCAAAGCUUAUCAUAUUACUCGUGUCGCGGCUACCUUCAAUAGCCCUCGAUUCGAGGACGACCCGAUUGGUCUCUAUGAGCAGCUUCGCACAAUGAAAAUUGUCGAGGUUGACAGAAUAUCAUCUGUGUUGAAGAUCUUCCAAAACAAACAGCCAUUCGAGGUUCAUGUAGCAACCGCCAACGAGCAUAUCGAUGAUUCGACGGGGGGGCUCACGAUUUAUGUCCCGAAAGAUCGUAGAGCGCAAGAGCUCUGUUUCGGUUCAGUCCUUCCCAGGAAACUCGGCGCAUGGCUGAUGCGACGAUCAAAGAGCCUCAUCGAUGGACCAAUCGAAACGGAAGCAGUCAAGGCGUUGACUGCAAUCUUUGCAACCGAGAGAUUCGUCCUUGAUGAUGUCCUCGACGACCAGGGGAUCUUACAGGUAUCAUUCGAAGAUGAGGAUGGAGAAAGUUACAGUAGCGAGACAGAAGAGCAUCAAGAAGAAGAGCAAGAGGAGGAAAGCCAACAGCAGGGAUCAUCCGACAGUGAACUUGAGACUGACGAUACCCUCUCUGAACAACUAACACCCAGUCAUUCUUCGACAAAUGCUGGUACAUUGCCAGAUGCUGAAUUAUCUGAAAUCAUGCGAGAAGAAGGCCUCCAUGAAACAUUAACCGAGGUGAUCUCCCAACGGAGUCAGAUGUCAUCUCAGCCUCUAUCAGGAAGGGUGCAUCACUCCCCUCAAGCAGCUGUGUCUCCGAGCUCAUCACAAUCAUUACACCACCCAAGCGACCAAACGCGUCCAAACUUACCGCCAGCCAUGACCUCACUGUCUGGGCAAUACUAUUCUGAAGACGCUAGAUAUCGCGUAAUCUUGGAUAGAGUUAUCGAAAAAGCGCAGAGUGCGGUAUUACCAUCGAGCGGGUCAUUUGACAUGAGCGAUUUGCGGAAUGCCCUACCCAAUGAUGAUACAAAUGCAUAUGAGAGUUUCGACGGGCUGGACCUCGUAUUCGAGCUUCUAUCAUGUCUCAACAUGCCAAAUUGGGACCGCACGAAUUGGCAAAGCACGAUCAGAUCUUAUGUGACCAUCCACCCUGACUACAGAGAUCUACAGGCCUGGAGAGGACACGAAACUGCGGACCUGGUCUACUUCGAUGAUGAAGGGCACUUGACAAAUACGCUCAUCGGUUGUGGCUACCUUGACCACGAUGAGUGGCAUGGGGAGCGACCUAAAUAUUACAUCGAAGUCAAGACUACGACUGGGCCAUAUAGCACCGCAUUCUAUAUGAGUGGCAAGCAGUACAAGCUUAUGCAACGGGUUCAUCAGAGCGAUGACCAUUCUGAGAUCUAUAUGGUCUUCCGUGUAUUCUGGCUUGAUAGUGACGAUAUCUCCCUUUGCCUUUACAUUGAUCCAGAGCAAUUGAGGCAAGAUGAGAGUCUCCUUUUCAAGGGACAGGCGUGGGCUGUUACCCCAGGACCCAGCAUGGGUUAG